GACCGGCCGACGCCCACCCGGCCUAGUUGAAUCGCACCCCGUCCAUCGCUCUCUUCGCUCCGCAUAAAACCCCCGGCUCGGAUCGUCACCCUCGCCGGCGACGGACGGAGGACGCCCCGCUCCCGUCCCCGUUGCUGUGAGAUCGUCGCCGAGCAGGAGGGCAACAUCGCAGCUGUCCGGACCUGCGGGUCGCCGGCUGCGUCUCCUUCCGAGUGUCGAGCCCCCGCCGCCCUGUGACGUGUGUCGGGGACCUCGGGUUCCACGGGAAGGGAGGUCGCUGCCGACACGAUGAGCGCCUCCGCCACCUCGGUUCCCGCAGCGGGAGGGAGAUUCUUCACAGGGUUCACCAAGCUGUGCAAGGGCCUCGCCGUCGUCUUGUUCCUCGGCCACAUUUUGGUCCAGCUAUUCCCUUUGGCCACCAGCUACCUCGCGCUGAUACCAGCCAGGACAAUCCCAUUUGCUUGGAACCUGGUAACUGCUGGCUAUAUUGAGCAAACCAUUCCAGGGGUGAUUGUCAGCAUACUUGGUCUUCUUCUGUUUGGGAAGUCGUUGGAGCCUUUAUGGGGUGCUAAGGAGUUACUGAAGUUCAUUUUUAUUGUCAACCUCUCAACUUCAGUGUGUGUCUUUGUAACUGCUAUUGUUUUUUACUACAUAACACAGGAGGAGAGCUACUUAUAUACACCUCUUUCUGGGUUUUAUGGAGUUCUUUCGGGACUCCUGGUGGGCAUCAAGCAAAUUUUACCUGAUCAGGAACUUAGUCUUCUUGUGCUGAAGAUUAAGGCAAAGUGGAUUCCGUCUAUUGUUGCAUUUUCCUCGGUCGCUGUAAGCUUCUUCCUGAAGGAAUCAAUAUCAUACCUUCCAAUCAUACUAUUUGGCAUUUAUAUGAGUUGGAUUUACCUGCGUUACUUCCAAAAGAGACUAGAAGUAGGCCUAAAAGGGGACCCAAGUGAUGAAUUCUCAUUCGCAAGCUUCUUCCCUGGAUUUCUGAGGCCAAUUUUGGACCCAAUAGCUUCUAUAUUCCAUAAGCUUCUAUGCGGGCGGUACGAAAGAUCUGAAGCUACAGGCCAAACAUUGGAUGGCUCACAGUUCCCUGGUUCAUGCUCCAUUGAAGCAAACAGGAGGAGAGAGAGGGGCCAGAGGGCACUGGAGCAAAGAUUGGCAGAAAAACUGGCCGCAGCGGGGAGCACGGAGGACAUGCCCCAGCAGCAGCAGCUGCUGCUGCAGGAGGUGGAUGCUUCUGACAAAGUCUGAGCCUUCGUUCCAGCGUUUGGUGGAAUUCACAGCCUGCAUUGUACUGUCAGGAGAUUCCUCUGUGGGGCUGGAAUAUCACAUAAUAUGUUUUCUUUUUAUUCUUUGCUCACUCACCACGCUGUAGCCAGCCUCGGUCCUAAGUACGAGUAGUUAUUCUGCACCUGUCAUCGUGUGAGUGAGAUGCUGAUUAGUGGAGUAGUUCACAGGCAUGGCUCAUGAUUAGUGUAGCUAAGAGAGAGAUGCGAGAAGGAAAAUGCGACGCGCAUGCGCAAACCAAUUCCAAUUGUUGUAAGGCAGCGAGCAGUCUUUGUCCGGGUGUUUCUUCUCUCGAGUUGUCAAGCCCUUGGCAGGCAACUUUUGCUUCAUGUGCGAUCUGACCUAAAUGUUACCUGUCACAUGUUUCUGUAUCUUGUGCGAUCUUGCCUAAA